CAUGAAUCCACUUUACUUGAAUAGACUACCGCAGAAUACGAAGCGCGGGGUUCUACGCCUUUAAGAGAACUUAAUGUGAACUCUCUUCCUGCGGAAUAGGAAGGACAGACGCUAAGAAGUGAAUCGUUUUAGAAGCUCUUCACAUGUAGCACAAUACAAAUGAAGCCGUGAUGUGAGUAAAUGUCCAGGCAAGAAGUCUUUUGUGAGAUACGGCAUAAGUAUGAGAGAAGGGAGACGACGAAGAAGAAGGCGGCAGUGCGGUAUGGCUAAACAUCGCCUUAUAUAGAUGCAUUCUGCGUUCAGUUUGUUACGAACACGGGUAGCAACUUUUAAGUCAAAAAAUGUAAACAACGAGAUUGCGCGUAUUUGGUGAGAACGAGGGAGGCUCACUGACGGAGGUACCCAGUCAAACAUGUCAACUGACCAAAUCGUUGCCAUUAUUAUGGAGGAUAAAACAUACAAUGUGAGCAAAAGCAAACUGAUUGAGAACAGCGAUUAUUUUCGUGCUUUGUUCAAUUCUGGCAUGCGGGAGUCCGAAGAAAACCGUGUCCAGCUGCAGGGCCUGAGUGCUCACGGCCUGGAGAUGGUCCUCAGCUUCAUCAACACCUCCCAAGUUCAGGUCGAUAACGAUAACUUGGAAGACCUAAUCGAGACUGCAACUUUCCUGCAGGUAACAGCCAUCUAUAAGUUGCUACUUUCCGAGAUUUGCCAGGACAACUGUUUAGAGCUGUACAGUCUGGCCGACUUCUAUGGCCUUGUUGAUCUCAGGACAGCCUGUCUCACAUUCAUGGCUUGCCAUUACCAUGUAAUGCUGAGGAGGGAGGAGUUCAGGUGUUUGCCAGCCGCAUUUGGGCAACAAGUGAAGGAUCUACGGAUGAAAGGUAGAGCCACCUUGAUGGCAUUUGGAGACUUCAGUGGUAUAUCACAGGAUUCAUUGCUGUCAAUGCUGAGGUAUGAGGAGGUCGCUCAACGGUGGCUUCCUUUUGAUUGCAACUUUCCUUCAGACAUGGUCAACGUCAGGGGAUAUGGAUCAGCCGUCUUGGACAACUAUUUCUUUAUAGUUGGGGGCUAUAGGAUAACCAGUCAGGAAAUUUCCGCAGCUCAUUGUUACAACGCCUGUCAAAAUGAAUGGAUUCAGAUUGCAUCUCUAAACCAGAAAAGGUCCAAUUUCAAGCUUGUGCCAGCAAAUGGAAAACUAUAUGCAGUUGGAGGACAAUCUCUGAAUAGUGUAGAGUGUUACAGUCCUGACAUGGAUAGUUGGAAUUUUGUUGCACCAUUACCAGACCCAUUAGCUGAAUUCUCAGCAUGUGAAUGUAAAGGAAUGAUCUAUGUCAUGGGAGGCUACACCUCAAGAGAUAGAAACAUGAGAGUCCUGUGCUACUGUCCAACUGCUGACAGCUGGUUCAGCUUUCAGGCCUGUUCUUUUCAUGUGCGCAAGCAGCAAAUGCUCUCUGUUGAAGACACAAUUUACUUAGUUGGAGGAUACACCCACAAGAUAGAACCAAACAAAAAGACCAGGCAGACAGAAGACAUGCUUUCUGUACAGUCCUAUAACAUUUCAACACAAGAGUGGCUCUGCUUGAAAGCAAUCAAUUCUAAAUCUGGGUUGAACCUAACCUGCACACUUCACAAUGAUGGAAUUUAUAUAAUGAGCAGGGAUAUCAGCUUGCCAUCUAGUUUUGAGCACAUAAUGUUCCUCAAAUAUAAUAUAUUCUGUGAUGUGUGGGAAGGCAUCUGUAAAGUUCCACCUUUUGGGCAAAAUAUGCUGCUUUGCUCCCUGUAUUUACCUAAUGUUAUUGAACUUUAAAGCAGUAUUUUUGCAGUUAUCUUAUUUCUUUAUUUGGGCUUGCAGUUUCUAUUAAAGAACCAAUGAAACUCUGCAAAUACUUUUAAAGAUUGUUUUUUGCUAUUAAUUUAAUUGUGUUCUAUUGAAAAUGUGCAUUGCAUAGUUUUUUUGACUCUGGAGGAAGUUUUAUUAAAAUGUAAUUUACUGAAGAAGGAAACAUUGUACAGAUAAAAAAAAAAACAAAUGUUUACUGCAAAAAGGCAUUUUUAUAUUUUUUAAAUUCAAUUAUAAACUUUCAAUAAGAUUCUCAAACCACAUUCCCUUUUGCUAAGACGCUUAUAAGGUUUUGGAAGAUGGUGCCAAUUUUUUGUUUGUUUGUUUGUUUGUUUGUUUGUUUUGAAUGUGUAGAUUUACAAUUAAAUGUAAAAUCCAACAAAUUAAAAGGCCUUAAA